UUUAAUUAAAGAGUUUAUUUCCUUCUAUCCGUCAAAGUUGAGUUCUCUUAGCAUAGGUUGGUUGAACGAGAAAACUGCACUUAACUGAAGAGAAUCCUAGUUUUAUACAAAGUGGGACAUAUUAGCCUAAAGAUGACGGCUGAGUUAGAGAAUCAACGACCAGAAAUUGUUGGAAGUGAUCAAGUUGAAGAUCCGUAUCCUAUUCGUUUUGAAGGGAAAGUUGUUCAUGGAUUUGGCAGAGGAUCCAAAGAUCUAGGGAUUCCUACUGCAAACAUAUCUGAAGAUGCAAUUCAGGAGCUUUUGAAGUAUAAAGACUCAGGUGUCUAUUAUGGAUUCGCUAUGGUAUCCAAGCAAAUAUUCCCAAUGGUUAUGAGCGUUGGAUGGAACCCCUACUAUAACAAUAAGCUAAGGAGUGCAGAGGUUCAUUUGAUAAAUAGAAAAGGAGCAGAUUUCUAUGAUGAAUGGACGCGCGUUAUCGUACUUGGCUAUAUCCGUCCCGAGUUGAAUUAUGAAGGGUUGCAAAAGUUAAUUGAAGAUAUUCAAACGGACAUUAGAGUGGCUUUGAGAAGCCUAGAGCGUCCUGAUUAUGCAAAAUAUAAAGCUGAUGCCUUUUUCAAGGCUUAAAAGCUAUGUUGAAACUAGAAAUUUCUAAACUUGUAUAUGUACUCUUUCUGAAACAUCGUGAUUAAAAGGAAUAAAUAUUUUACAGAAUAACCGUUUAGAAGAUAAAGUAGACAAGGAAUCUAUUUAGAAAUACCCAGGUUUUUCUCUUUUUUUACCUACAUGUACAGUGAUUUUCUGUGCUUCCUAUGAGAUAUAUAAGUUCUUGAGAAAUCAGACAAAGAUUUAAUACUAACAAUGAAUUGAAUUGAAUGAAUAAACCGGUUUUGGGGUAUCACACUUGUUUAUAGAUAAAACGAAUGUACUAGUUAUUUUAAAAAAAGCGGCCGACAGGAAUUGGAUGAAUAGAACAAUCAUAAAGGUAA